GAGAGAAAAUACCUCUCUGAUUUUUGGGGGGAGAGAGAGGGAGCACACGGAAAAGGAACGAAAUCAUCGACCGCGAAAAUAAGCGAAGGCGCUAGCGGGCCCCACAGAUGGAGACCACCACCGGCGCAACAACCGUCACCCCGGCGGAGGGCCUCUCCCCCGACUCCGUGUCCUCCCCUCUGUCACGGCUGACCUUCGCCGUGUCGCAGCGCUACCGGCACCUCCUGGACAAGUCGGUCCCCCACGUGCUGUACCGCUGGAUCGGCCUCUUCGUGCUCGCCUUCAUCUACUUCCUCCGCGUCCACCUCGUCGAAGGGUUCUACAUCGUGACCUACGCCAUCGGGAUCUACGUGCUGAACCUCCUGAUUGGGUUCCUGUCCCCUCAGGUCGAUCCGGAGAUGCAAGACCUCAUGGACGGCCCCAGCCUCCCUACCCGCGGAUCCGACGAGUUCCGGCCCUUCGUCCGCCGCCUCCCGGAGUUCAAGUUCUGGUUAUCCAUGACUUAUGUCUUCUUGAUCGGCUUCGUGUGUACCUUCUUCUCCGUGUUCGACGUGCCUGUAUUUUGGCCGAUUCUUCUCUUUUACUGGGUGGUGUUGUUUUCUGUGACUAUGAGGAGACAGAUUACGCUCAUGGUCAAAUACAAAUACGUCCCAUUCACCUUUGGGAAACGGACGUACGGGAAGAAACCUUCUUCAACUGAUACCACCUCCUCUCAACCUAGGGAUUAAGUUCUUCGUGUAGUCAGAAGAAGUAUGCAGUUCUUUUAGGGGGUAUUUGAGGCUACUGCAGAUCGUGCCUGCAGUAUGCCCUUUUUCUGAUGUUCUCAUCAUAAUUGAAACGGGAGGAGCUCUUUCGAUUUCUCCUGCUCACAGAAGAGUGCCCAGAAGAAUACUAGCUUCUCACAUAUUGCUCGAUCCUAUGCUUGCCUGCUGGCAUAGUUAAUUCUGGACAAGCCCUCUCGUAUCAUUAUAUAGGCUUUUUAUGGAGGGAACCUUAGUAAAUUGAUGACAGAUUUUCCCGUUAAUUUUCCUUUCUCAAUUUGCUGACAUGUUGGAUUUAGUCAUCUAGUGGCUCUGUAAAACUCAUUUUGGAAUCAAGGUCCCUUUUCGGGAAUUGUCACGCAAUUACGGAUGUGGUUUUUGAUUAUAAUCAUUGUUGAGUUGCCUCCCC